AUGAACGUGAACGCGAAGCCUCCGUGUUGUGUGUUAGCAGCGGUUGUAGCACUGCUAACUAAGCUAGCUGCUUAUCAAAGGCUUUGCGUUCUCUGCGUCGGAGGAAUCGCGACUAAGGCGAGAGUUGAGUGAAACUUGUGUUACGCCACCACUGAGCCUCAGUCCAUUUAACUGAGUGGGUGCUAUUUACACACAGGGAGAUGCAGAGCUCGUCCAGAUCAGCGAAGCAGAGGUGCAUUUAUAUGGGAUUCCUCUGAAAGAAUAUUAGGUUUGCACUUUUCAGCCUGAUUUAGGACAGCCCCUGGUUAAAAUGUCUCAACGGGGGUAUUUAACUGCUCUUGUGACCACGGUACUAGGCACAGCUGUAGGAGGACUGCUCAUAUGGCAGGUUUACAGAACGAGAAGGAAGAAGCUGCCUUCCGUCCAGAAGGUGGCCGAACCUGUGGAGGAUCCACCACCUGCGGAAAACAACUUGACGCAUUUUACGGAGCAGAAAGUAGAGCCUGCGGAGCGUCCGACCCCACAACUAGCCCCUGUCACACACAUCCCUUCUUCUGAGCAGCUGCUGGCGGUGAAACCAGUGGUGGUGAGCUCUGAAGACGAGUGGGAGCAGCUGUGGCCACUGAUGCAAAAGGAGCUGUCAGUGUUCCCUGUGCUGGGGCUGGACUGUGAAUGGGUAAAGACCGACGCCGUGUCGGUGAGGGGUCAGGCAUCUGCAGUCUCCUUGCUGCAGAUGGCGUCGUACUCGGGUCUGUGCAUCCUGGUGAAGCUGCUGGCAUUUCGGAGCAAGCGGCAGCUUCCGCUCAGUUUGAAGGGAGUCCUCCAAGACCCCCGCAUUUUGAAAGUUGGCGUCGGUUGCUAUGAAGAUGGCAAGCGGCUGAUGUGUGACUACGGUCUGUCGGUGGCGUGUGUGGUCGACCUGCGUUACCUUGCUUUACGACAGAGGCAAACAAAAGUGAACAAUGGCCUCAGUUUGAAGUCGCUGGCAGCAGAUCUGUUGAAUGUGUCACUAGAUAAAUCCCUGGAGCUGCGCUGCAGUGACUGGGAGGCAGAUGAGCUAACAGUGGAGCAGAUGACUUAUGCGGCCAGAGAUGCCCAGGUUUCCAUCGCGCUCUUCCUCCAUCUCCUCGGCUUCAUCUCUGAAGCCGGGCCCGCCUCUUCCAGCGGGAGCUCCUACCCUGAGUUGGCUGCCUGCUGCCAGGGCCUGAUGGAUGUGCCCUUCAAGGGCCGGGGAGAAGUAGACGAGAGAGCUGCCAACGGAGAGAGGAGGCGGAAGAUGCGGAAAACGCCCACUUCUGAAAGCCCAGAGGCUGGAGAUCAGCAAAUCCCAGACCCUCGAAAGAACAACAAGAGGAAACCACUGGGUGUGGGCUAUUCUGCAAGGAAGUCUCCUCUCUAUGAUAACUGCUUCCUCCACGCUCCCGAUGGCCAACCUCUGUGCACCUGUGACAAGAAGAAAGCCAAAUGGUACCUUGAUAAGGGAAUAGGAGUGCUCCAGAGUGAGAAGCCUUUCAUAGUGAGGCUGCUCUUCGAGCCGUCUGGACGCCCGGACUCCAACCAGGACUACUAUCUCACCGCCAAAGAGAACAUCUGUGUAGUCUGUGGCAAAAAGGAUUCCUACAUCAGGAAAAACAUUGUGCCGCACGAGUACAGGCGGCAUUUUCCCACCGAGAUGAAGGACCACAACUCCCACGACAUCCUGCUGCUCUGCACCAGCUGCCACGGCGCGUCCAACGUGCACGACGGCUUCCUGAAGCAGCAGCUGGCCGAGGAGUUCGCCGCCCCCCAGGGCUGCGAGGAGGGGGUUCGCCUCCUGGAGGACUCGGAGCGACGGCGGGUGCGCUCAGCGGCCCGGGCCCUGCUCAUGGCCGGCGACGGGCUGCCAGAGCAGCGGCGAGAGGAGCUGCAGGCUCUGAUCCAGAGCUUCGUCAGCAUAAAUGGCGAAGGGCUGACGGACGACGUGCUGAAGGAGAUGGCUGGAUUGGAGACGAGGAUCUUCAAUGAGGCCUAUGUGCCUCACGGCCUGAAGGUGGUGCAGGCGUACGCUGAGCUAGGCCUCCGGGGCCUGAUGGACCUGGAGCGCCGCUGGAGGCAGCACUUUCUAACCACUAUGCAGCCUCGCCACCUCCCUCCCCUCUGGUCCGUCGACCACAACCACGACAAGUUCCUUCGCAAAUACGGAGAGGACCUGCCCAUCCAACUCAACUGACUGCGCCCAAACGCCGCACACCAGGUCAGAAGACGGUUUCCUCAUUCAGUGGUCAGAGUGCCAGAUGGAUUAGAAACUUCCAAAGCCACUAUAUCGUGUUACGAGCCAGAUUACUAGUAGCGAGAGAAUGAAUGCACUGAUCUACCGCCCUAUCUCAAUGCUGCCGGCAUGUGGCUGCUGUCGAGCUCCCACUCGGGCAUUGAGGAGGCAAAGAUGAGUGCGUGAAAGAACACACUAUCCGUGAUGGACGGGCUAUGCGAGCAGAGACUCCUCCUGUGGAGAAGUAGUCCAGCACCAAAUCUGAUCAACACUAACUUUGGUUGUCAUGUAGUUGCACAUGAAUGUUUUAAUAUGAAAAAAAUGUAUAAUUAUUUAUGAAAAUGAACAGAUAUUUAUCUACCAGCUUUCAGACAAAGCUGCAGCCUGCUCUUAACUUGCUCCUAAAUGUUUUCCUCCCCCCUGCCCCUCCCCCCUCUCCCCCAGCAGGACCGCAGCUCUGCCUGAGAAUGAGAGAAUUGCUUUGCAUAGAGAGGGUCAUUUUAAUCGGACCUUUAAAUUAUUGGUCGCUCUCCCUGCUUCUGUUUCGAGACAGACGAAGGAUGAGUUUUCCACAAGAACCUUGGAGUCAGAGUUUGGUUUCAAGGCGACCUUGUUUUUGCGCAGGGACAGUCCAGUUCAGUCAGCUGCUUGGGUUGAUCAUUGAGCUCCAGACGCGUGUUCUGUGGACGGUUCUCCUCGGGUUUGGGGCAUCUCCAUGGCCCAUGUUUUAAUGUGCCUCUUAAAUCUCCAAACCCGACGGGAGGCUCGUCACAGCAUCGGGACACGACCUCACUUCAUCCUUCAGCAGUUUCAUUACGACGUCAAUUUACAGAAUCCAAAAACGCACCGUGAAGAAAAGCAGCCAACUGACGUGACUGAGAAAUGUUAUUUAAGACCGUCAUAUGCAAGGCAGGUUUCUGAGUUAUGAACGUGAUAAACUUAUUUACAAUAUAUGGAACUUUAAAGUAUGAACAGCUGCUGUUGUCUUUGUAUUUUCCUGUCAGCUCUGACGCGGUUUUCCACAUUGUGAAUGAAUCAAAUAAAAUAAGUCAUGUUUAUAUUAA